AACCCUCUUUCCUUGUUAUCUAUAUGUAUACAUGUAACAAGUAUAGGAAUUUCAGUAGUUGAUACAACAAAUGGUGACCGAAUAAAUAUAAAAAUAUAAACUUAGUAACCAUUUAAUAGAAAGUGGAAAAAAAAAAAAAAAAAUUAUGUCAGGUGUAUCAAGUAACACUGGACUUAUAGCAGCUCGUGUCACUCCAAUUUAUAAAACAAAAUCAAAGAAGUUGGAAUUGUUGAGUAUAUCGAGGCCUGCUCCAUUUACAAUACGUCCGUUUGCUGGACUCUUUAAUCCUUUCCCGUACGGAUGUUCAGUAUUGUGCAAUCAUCCAGCUGACUGUGAAGCCAAAGAAUUUAUUAGACGUGCUAAAGAAUCAUGGGCGAUGGAAGGAAAAGCCUUGCUGUUACCAGCCGAAAUGGAAAUGAUUCGAGCAACUCUAAUUGCUGGUGGUAUUAUAGAUACUGGAGAAAUUAAUGAUGGUAUAAAUGUUCACACAACAAUAACAACAACAACUACAACAACUGUUCCUGAAGAAUUAUUUCGGAAAUAUACCGAGACAGAUUCAAGACCACUUACACCAACACCAACUUUGGCCAGCGGACCUCUAACUGCACAUCAAACUCAAUCGGAUCUAAAUCUUGUUCCCUGUAAUCCCCGUGAACGUACUACAUUAAUUUUAGAUCUCAGAACAGCAUCGCAGGAACAGGAUGAAACAUUAAGUUGGCAUGCUCUUACACUCGAGCUACCACCAAGUCCAAAGCGAGCUAAUGAAUAUUUUAAGUCCUCCAUUCAACAUCGUCAUCAAUCUCGAUCAGCAUUGCUACCAGUUCAGACAAGUGAUGACCAGAUCCAGCAUGUCAUAGAUUCAUCGAGAAAUCAAGAGGAAGAUGAAAUAAGUAAUAGUGAUAAUGAAAUACCAAUUAGACGACGUGGAAAACGUUUAAAAAAACGUAGAUGUCGACGUGGUUCAGCAUAUGGCCAGCAAAAUGAAGUUAGAGAUCCAUUGGAGCCUACUGAAACUCAAGUUUCACAAGUAGCCGAUAGUUGCCGACGAAAAAGUUCAGUAACUCAGCAUGGUAAUGUUGGAGAACUUGAAAAUAUCGAUGAAAAAAUUUUUUCAACUCUACCAUUACAACCGGAAUGCCGGAGUUUCAUUAGUUCUGAUAUUCUUAAGCAUCUUGCCAGAGAGCUAGACAGAGAAACUGUUGAAGCUGAAUUUUCUUUAAAGAGAAGAAUUGCUUUGGAAGAAGCUUUACGUGUAAAAAAAGAAAUAAAUUCAAAUAUAAAAUCUUCAUCUCGUCAAGUACAUCUCCAGCCAUUGGCUUGCAAUGCGCCACGUGUUUUUUCUCGACAAAGCGCAAGGUUUGAACUUGUUAACAGCGGUAGUUUAUCAUUUAUCAAACCAUUAGACUAUAUAGAAAAAUAUGUAUCGAUAACAUCCGGAAGAAAAGUUAUUUUCAGUAGAAUAUUUAAUAAAUAUUACGAGGACAGUUUAGAUGGAGUUAGAUGUAUUUCACCAAAUGAUUUUUUCCAAGCUCUUCGCGAAGUGAUGGGUAAUUGUUUGACAGAUGAAAAAAUAAUAAAAUUAAAAGAUAUAUUUGAUGAUAUAACUGAACCAAUGAGUUUUAGAAGAUGGUGUGGUAUUUGUGCAGCAUAUGAAAGACUUUUAUCUCCAUUACCUCCAAGAGAAUUAGAUCCACCUGCAUGGUUGGAGAUGGCUGAUUUUGAUGCGCUAGAAAAAAGACUGAACAAUGCCGAUAAUCUUGAUCCUAAAUUAGUUUAUAUGCUAAGACAAAUUAGAGAUAGAUAACAGAUACCAAGUUUCACGGAAAAACGGCAUUUCCCAAGAGCUCAAUUCUUGUCACUGCUCUUAAAUAUACAGUAAUAUAUUAGAGAUAGAUAAUCAUUUUAUUGGUAAAAAUAUUUUUUAUCUUUAUUCACUCUUAUACAAAUUCAUCACAAGUAAAUUAACAAGAAAACUAUAUGUAUAUAUAAAAGAAAAAAGAAAGAUAAAAUUAUAAAUUUAUUAUUUUUAAAAUUUUUUUAACUGUCACAGCAAAUAAAAGAACUUUCGUUCAAUUAAGCGUAU